UGAUGAUUUGCACGAUGGUGGUCGGUCAGAAGAGAUCAGCACCGAGACGAGCACGGUAAUCAUCCGCGGCGUCCCCGCUGUGGUCGGUACUGCUCGGGCCGUGCCCUCGCCCGUAGCACCUGCCGCCCAUGCCCGUGUCGUGAAUCAAGAUCAAGAUUACAGAGCAUCGAUAGCGACGUAUUCAGAGAACCCGUUCGAGGAUGUGACCCUGGAAAGGGAUUAUAAUCCUGAACGGGAUUCGUCCGUGUAUGCUGGUGUUGUCGACUUGGAGACCGUUGAUGGUCAUAGCAGCUCAACUCUUGCUUUCCCUGCACCGCCGAGGCCUGGUCGAGGGUCUCCUGAUGUCUGA